UCCUCCUUCCCAGCAGCUUCCUAAGUGCAAAGAAAGAAUCAUUUAUGAAUUCUUUAUAACCAACAAUGCUACUUCCUCUUCACUUGUCACAUAGCAUCUUUUCCUAGAUACUAUCAUUUCCUGUUUCUGUUUUUGUUCUCUUGUUUUGUUUUCUUUUUCUUUCUUCUUGUUCUUGUUAUAAGGAACAAUCUUCAAAAACAUCUACUGUAAAAGUCUGAAAUUUUUUGUUCAGUUUUGGUAAUAUUUCUUUGUUUCAAUAUGCUUUCUCAAAACUCCUUUCUGAAAGAUUUCUGUGUUCCUAACACAGUAAACCCGGAAACAAAUGGUUUGGAGUUGGAAGAUUCAUCACCCUCAACUUCUUCUGACACAACCUCAAAUGGAGGAGGGUCCUCAGAAUCGACAAGAUACUCCAAUCACAUCCUCAGAUACAUAAGUGACAUACUCAUGGAUGAAGAAAAUGAAUUGGAGCACAAACCCUGCAUGUUGCAGGAAUGUUUAAGACUCCAAGCUGCUGAAAAAUCAUUCUAUGAUGUUCUGGAUCACAACCAUCCUUCAUCAAAUGAUAGGACUGAACAAGAUGGAAACUUCGGCCGCACCGCUAGUUUUGAGAGCAAUAGCGGUAGCUGCACCACUGAUAACUCAAAUGAAUCUGAUUGGGUCAACCUUGUUGGAGAAAUUGACUCUUCUUCAUUACAGCUACAAACCCCUCUAGUAGAACAAAACUACUAUGAUUUGAUAGAACCAGAUCCAGUUAACAUUGAGUCACAAACUGCAAGCCGUUUUCACGAUGGAACUUGGAGUUGGAAUGAUAUUCAGCCAGUGAUUGCGGUUGAAGAGGUUCCGGCUUCGUUUGUUACAAGAGAAAAGAGAAGUCAUGUGAUGGAUGGUGAUGAUGAUAAUUGUAUUAAUGAACAAGAGGGAAGGGGUAGGAAGGUUUCAGCUAACUUCUCUGAUGAAUUAGAGGCACCAGAGAUUUUAGAUGAGGUACUACUUUAUCAAACAGGACGGCAUCAACACCAACAACCAUCAAAGAAUAUUGAUUCAGGAGGAAAGGCAACAGCAAGACGUUCGCGUUUGAAGAAAGGAUCUACUGAUAAUGCGGCAGCUGUGGAUUUGUGGACCAUGCUAACACAAUGUGCACAGGCAGUGGCGAGCUACGAUCAAAGGAAUACAAAUGAGCUACUCAAGCAGAUUAGGCAACACUCUUCGCCUUUUGGCGAUGGACUCCAGCGUUUAGCUUAUUACUUUGCUGAUGGUCUUGAGAUAAGAUUGGCUGCCGAGACGCCAUCGUAUAUGCCUAUUGAUAUGCCAACCGCGGGAGAUAUGUUGAAAGCUUACAAACUCUUCUUUACCGCGUCUCCUUUGCAGAGAAUGACGAAUGUGUUGUUAACCGAAACAAUUUUCAGUAUAGUGGAGAGCGAGCCCAGCGUUCACAUUAUCGAUUUUGGAAUUUGCUAUGGUUUCCAGUGGCCCUGCCUCAUCAAAAAACUUUCAACAAUGCCUGGUGGCCCUGCAAAGCUUCGAAUUACUGGAAUUGAGCUUCCUCAGCCAGGAUUUAGACCUGCAGAGUGGGUGGAAGAAACCGGACGCCGUUUAGAAAACUACUGCAAGAAGUUCAAUGUUCCGUUUGAAUACAACUGCAUUGCACAGAAAUGGGAAACUAUCCGACUCGAGGAUCUAAAGAUAGACAGGAAUGAAAUAACUUUUGUUAGCUGUUUGUACAGACUGAAAAAUUUGCCUGACGAAACUGUGGCAGUGAAUUGUCCAAGAGAAGCUGUGUUGAAGUUGGUCAGGAAGAUUAAUCCAAAAAUAUUCUUUCAUGGAGUUGUAAACGGAAGUUAUAGUGCACCGUUUUUCCUGACUCGGUUUAGAGAAGCACUAUACCACUUCUCAUCAUUGUUUGAUAUGUUUGAGGCUAACGUGCCUCGCGAAGACACACAAAGGCUGGUGCUUGAGAAAGGGUUGUUUGGAAGGGAUGCUAUAAAUGUAAUAGCUUGUGAGGGUGCAGAGAGAGUUGAAAGGCCUGAGACCUACAAGCAGUGGCAAAUCAGGAACAGGAGAGCAGGGCUCAAGCAAAUCAGGUUGGAUUCUAAGUUAGUGAAUGAAACCAAAGCAAUGUUAAAGAGGGAAUACCAUAAAGAUUUUGUAGUUGAUGAGGAUGGUAAGUGGGUUUUGCAGGGAUGGAAAGGGCGUAUUUUGAAUGCUUUUUCUGCUUGGGUUCCUGCUUAACUUAAUGUCCAAAAGGUGUCUUGUAGUAUCUAUCUUGAAAAAAUGUAUGAACUUCUCCUUUUCUA